AGUUUCAGCUAACAACGGCUAGGCAUGCGAGAGCUUGUAGGUGGCCGUAUGAACCAUACACUCCUCCUCUCCGUUCUAUGUCAUUCUAUAAAAUGCCUCGCAACAUUUCCGAAUUACAAGCAUUGGUUUCUUCAUUCCACAAAUCAAAAAACCCACUUCUUGCUUUGGAACUUCUCUCCAAAGCACUAGACCAAAACCCAGAUAUCAAAACCUUGAAAAAUUUCCAUACCAAGAUUUUUUACCUCAAUUCACAUCAAAAUCCAUCUCUAGGGAUCAAACUCAUGAGGGCAUAUGCUGCUUGUGGAGAACCUGGAAUGACACGCAAGGUGUUUGAUGAAAUGUUUGAGAGAAAUAUUGUUUUCUACAAUGUUAUGAUUAGAAGCUAUGUCAAUAAUUAUUUGUACAAUGAUGCUUUGUUUGUUUUUAGGGAUAUGGUUAAUGGAGGGUUUAGACCUGAUAAUUAUACGUAUCCUUGUGUUCUUAAGGCUUGCUCUUGUUCAGAAAAUUUGAGUUUUGGGUUGCAGAUUCAUGGAGAUUUGUUGAAGGUUCGAAUGGAUUUGAAUUUGUUUGUUGGGAAUGGUCUUAUUGCUAUGUAUGGGAAAUGUGGUUGCUUGGUUGAGGCGCGGCGUGUGUUUGAUGAGAUGUUGUGCAGGGAUGUUGUUUCGUGGAAUUCCAUGGUUGCGGGGUAUGCACAAAAUAAGCGGUUUGAUGAUGCGUUGGAGAUUUGUAGGGAAAUGGAGGAUUUGGGACAAAAACCAGAUGGAGGUACCAUCGCUAGUCUCAUGCCAGCUGUAGCCAAUACUUUGUCGGAGAAUGUUUUGUGUGUUGAGAAGAUUUUUGUGAAUUUGGAGUGGAAGAAUUUGAUUUCGUGGAAUGUGAUGAUAAGAGUUUAUCUGAAAAACUCCAUGCCUACGAAAGCCGUGGAUUUGUAAUUGCAAAUGGAGAAAAGUGGAGUAGAACCGGAUGCAAUCACAUGUGCCAGUGUUCUUCCAGCAUGCGGAGAUCUUUCAGCAUUGUUGUUAGGAAGGAGGAUUCAUGAAUACCUUGAGAGGAGGAAUUUACGUCCAAAUUUGCUAUUGGAGAAUUCUUUGAUAGAUAUGUAUGCUAGGUGUGGAUGUUUAGAAGAUGCAAAAAGGGUUUUCGACAGAAUGAAGUUCCGUGAUGUUGCAUCUUGGACUUCGUUGAUAUCUGCUUAUGGUAUGACCGGGAAAGGCUGUAAUGCUGUCGCACUCUUCACAGAAAUGCUAAAUUCAGGUCAAAUUCCAGAUUCUAUCGCAUUCGUCGCAAUUCUCUCGGCUUGCAGUCAUUCAGGGUUACUGGAUGAAGGGAAGAUUUACUUUAAACAGAUGACCAAUGAUUAUAGAAUAACACCAAGAAUCGAACACUUUGCUUGUAUGGUUGAUCUAUUAGGACGUGCUGGACGUGUAGACGAGGCCUAUAAUUUUAUCAAAGAAAUGCCAAUUGAGCCUAAUGAAAGAGUUUGGGGGACACUUCUUAGCGCUUGCAGGGUGUAUCUCAAAUCAGAAUUACCAAAAACCUUCGUGUUUGUGGAGACUGCCAUAUUGCUGCAAAGUUAAUCUCCAAAAUAGUUGAACGCGAAAUUGUUGUUAGAGAUACUAAUAGAUUUCACCAUUUUAAGGAUGGUGUAUGCUCUUGUGGUGAUUAUUGGUGAGGAAGGGUUCCGAUGAAAAUUUAACCGGAACUCCCCGCUAUGAACACUAGAAUUUAGCAAUUUUGAGCGGAAUUUGGUUGUGCAUAUUUAUUAUAAGUUAUGGUGCUGUCAAGCCUGAUGACUGCUAUUGGAGCUUAGGUUAUAAAAUCAUAAGAAUCCAAAAUCACGAUUGAAGUAAUUCACAAAGAAAUUAAAAUCACAAUCUAAAGUUUGGAAUUGAAUUGGCUAUGGAUGAAUUGGGAAAUAGUAGCUGUUAUUGGAGUAGAGAGCAAGAUAUAGCGUUUGAAAAUGCGUUGGCAAAUCAUCCCGAGGAAUGGGAGCAAUUUGCGGCGCAUGUAACUGGGAAAAGUUUGGAAGAAGUUAAGCGUCAUUAUGUGGAUUUGAUUGAUGAUGUUAACCACAUUGAAUCUGGUUAUGUGCCUCUGCCGAAUUAUAAUGAAAUAAGAGCUGUCAAAAAGAGAACUAAGACUUCAAGAACUGUUCAAGAAAGGCGAAAGGGUAUUCCUUGGACAGAAGCUGAACAUAGGUUAUUUCUUCAAGGCUUGGAGAACCAUGGAUGGGGUGACUGGCGAAGUAUAUCAAGGAACUGUGUGGUAACAAGAACACCUACCCAAGUUGCAAGCCAUGCUCAGAAAUAUAAAAUUCGACAGAAUUCAAAGGAGAAGAAGAAAGAAAGAAAGCGAUCCAGCAUACAUGAUGUCACUCAUGUAAAAAAUGAUGACAUUUCACCACCUCAAGGACAGUUUAUCAGUCAAGCAAGCGGCUCUGCAGCAAGUUCUGCUGGACAAUCAGCCGAACAAGCUCCUCCAUCCCCACCUUCUGGAAUUUAUGCUGCUCCUAGGAUCGAGCACCCUAUUGGAGGACAUCUUGUAUCUGCAGUUGGCACUCCAGUGAAUCUUUCUGCUGCUGGACAAUCAGCCGAACAUCCAGCCCCACCUGCUGGAAUUGAUGCUGCUCCUAGGAUCGAGCAACCUAUUGGUGGACAUCUUGUAUCUGAAGUUGGAACUCCAGUGAAUCUUUCUGCUGCUGGACAAACAGCCGAACAAGCUCCUCCAACCUCACCUGCUGGAAUUUAUGCUGCUCCUAGGAUCAAUCUUACUGCUGCUGGACACAUGGCUUAUGAACUUGGACCGGAUUCUGGGGCAGUUAUGCCAGGGGAACCAAUGAACAUUGGUCCUAUGACAUAUCCCAUGCAAUAUACCUAUGCUCAUUCAUGAAGUGCUGAUAAGAGGUGUAGUGCACGUACAUAGAAACAUCAGUUAGUUCAUAAUUCUGUUUAUAUUCCUUCAUUGUUGCUUUUAUGCAAGCUAGAGUUUUAUGCUUAUUCAAUGAUUUCAAAUAAGACACUAAAUACUUGACAUCCUUUGGCAUCAUAGGAUAUCAUUAAAGCAACUUUAUUUUUAGUUAUUUAGAUUGUUAUUUUUUAUUUUUGGACUGAAAGUUUUAGGUUGUUACUGUAAAUAGUCAUAUAAAGUGAUCCGUUCAUAAUGUAGAGGAAAUUUCCAUGGCUUUAAUUUUUUAAGGGAA